CUGAGGCCAAAGUGCAAGCAGCAGAGUGAGACGUGUGCGUUGCUGAGUCAGAGCAGGAGCUCAGCAGGCAGGAGACCCCUUGCCCGCAGAACAAGCGAUUGAGGGGCCUUCCUUCUCCCCUCUCCCUCCCCAAACUGCUGCGUCCUUCCGGAGGGCUGGGCCGGUUGGGGGCCCACGGGCUGGGGGGGCUUUCCUGGAGGCGGCACGGCUCAGAGGAGGCUUCCCACCUGUGCUGGAGGGCCCCUGUGGCCCCACACGGCCCCUGAGGGGUGAAGCUCUUGGCUGGGGGAUCCCCCUGGCAAACUCUGCUGCACCUGCGGAAGCAGCAGGUCAGGAGGGAGGUGGCACUGUCUCCAUCUUCUUCCCCAGGCUGUCCUCCCCACAUCGGUCUCUCACCCGCCUCCAUCUCCGGAGCAAAGAUGCCCCUGCCCAGGAAGGCCCUCCAGGCCGUGAGUGUCUUCCAGUGGGUCCUCACCUUCCUCUUCUUUGGUAUCUUCUUCACAACUCUCCUAAUCUAUCUGCUCUUCACCUCCUAUUGGUCUAUCACAGUCCUUUAUUUUGCCUGGUGGAUCUCCGACUGGGAUACCCCACAGAGAGGUGGGCGCCGUAGCGACUGGAUGAGGCGCUGGAAGGUCUGGGAGCUCCACAGGGAUUAUUUCCCCAUCAAGCUGGUGAAGACGGCCGAGCUGCCCCCGACGCGGAACUAUGUCCUGGGCUCCCACCCCCAUGGCAUCAUCUGUGCAGGGGCCUUCUCCGCCUUCUGCACGGAGGCCACGGGCUUCUCCCACACCUUCCCUGGCCUCAAGUCCAGCCUCACUCUCCUCGCUGGACUCUUCCACCUCCCUGUGUACCGGGAGUACAUGAUGAGCUCAGGGAUGGUUCCAGUGAACAAAAGAUCCCUGAAUUUCCUUCUCCGUGGGGGUCCUGGCCACGCAGUGGUCAUUGUGGUGGGCGGUGCAACUGAGUCGCUGGACGGUGCCCCCGGGGAGCAGCGGGUCCGUCUGCAUGGGAGACGGGGCUUCGUGCGCCUGGCAUUGCAACAUGGGGCUGACCUGGUGCCUGUUUACUCCUUUGGUGAGAACGACAUUUACCAGCAGGUGCAGUUCCCGGAGGGCAGCUGUGGACGGCGCCUCCAGCUCCAUUUCAAGCAGCUGAUGGGGUUUGCUCCCUGCCUCUUUGGGGGGCGAGACCUCUUCUGCAGCUGCUUCUGGGGGAUCCUGCCCCUGGCAGCCCCUAUCACUGUGGUGGUGGGGAAGCCAAUCCCGGUCCCGCAGCGCCCCUGCCCCACGGAGGAGGAGGUGGACCACUUCCAUGCGCUCUACGUCAAGGCUCUCCGGCAGCUGUUUGACACCCACAAAGGCAGCUGCGGACUCCCCCCCUCGCAGCAGCUCAUCAUCAGCUAGAGAUGCCCACACGCACAUACCCCGCCUGGAAAACCGGGCCCUGUGGGACGGCAGCCCCUCCCUCCCCCUCUCUCCUGCCCACCACGGAUGAGGGGGGGUGCCUGUGGUGCUUUCCAGCUUUGGACCCCACGGCAGUGGAUGUGUGGAGGGAGGGGGACCUGUUGGGGCUGUUCACCUUCCACACCUUUUCCAAUAAAAGAAAUGACGUCUCCUUGUCUGAAGCAUGGAAAAA